UCUUCUACCGCGACGAUCUGGAACGAAUACCGCUGGAAUGGGCCAAUACUACUCCACAACGAACACUAAAGAACCCGGUACCUCUGUCGAUGAGAAUAAGAAGGUCGGGUAUUAUGAACUCUUGCAGGUCGCUCGAGACGCAUCUGGAGAAGAAAUAAAAAGGGCAUACAGGAGAAAAGCUCUGGAGUUACAUCCUGACAAGAACUUUGGAAAUGUGGAAAACGCGACAAAGCUAUUUGCAGAGGUCCAGGCUGCUUACGAAGUGCUCUCAGAUCCCCAAGAGCGCGCCUGGUAUGAUUCUCAUCAAGAAGCCAUUUUAGGGCAGGAUGGCAAAUUUGAAGAUGUCAGAUUAUCGAACAAUACCAGAAUCACGACUGCAAAUGAAAUCUUUGGACUGUUCUCACAAUUCAGUCCUCGAAUGGAGUUUUCCGAUGCCCCUGAAGGGUUCUACGGUGGUCUUCGUGAGAUUUUUUCACGUCUCGCUCUGGAGGAAGAGCUAAGUACCUCCGGCGAAAGAACAAAUACAGCAAAAUAUCCAACCUUUGGCCAUCGCGACGAUGGAUAUGAGGACGUUGUGCGUCCCUUUUACGUGGCGUGGAGUGGCUUCUCAACAACAAAGACAUUCGCGUGGAAAGAUAAAUACCGUUAUUCAGAGGCCCCAGACCGUCGUGUUAGGCGGCUGAUGGAGAAAGAGAACAAACGUCUACGUGAGGAUGGGAUUCGGGAAUUCAAUGAUGCAGUUCGGUCGCUUGUGGCGUUUAUCAAGAAGCGUGACCCACGAUACAAGUCCGGUGCUCAGAGCGAAUCUCAGCGACAAGAAUUUCUUCGUCGUUCCACUGCUGCGCAAGCUGCCAAGUCACGAGCAGUCAAUCAAGCCAAGUUUCGCGAAUAUGUCGCACCGGAGUGGGCGAUGUCACAAGAUCACAGUGACAAUGAUUCUGAUAACAGCUACAAUAUCUCGGAUGUCGCGGUAGAGCUUUUUGAUUGUAUUGUGUGUCAUAAAAGCUUUAAGAGUGCUAAGCAAUUUGAGACACACGAACAAAGCAAGAAACAUAUUAAGGCUGUCAAACAGUUGCAAAAAGAAAUGAGAGCGGAGAAUACGCAGCUGGGGUUGGUGGAUGAUUUCUCUGCCUUCGACUCUACGCAACAAACAACCGCAUUGGCAUGUAACAGCUCAACUUCUGUUCUAGACAUGAACAAGAAGUCACAGUCAGCUUCACCAAAUCCCAAAUCACUGGAUCGCAGUAGUUCAAAUGCAGAAACACAGAGUGAAAACAACGAUUUCGACAAUCACAAUAACCCAUAUACUGGCAUCAGCAAUACUUCCAGUUCCUCCAAGGAGCCAAAUGAUAGUUCGGAUUGUGACACUGACUAUGCGCCCCGAGAUUGUGUGAAAGAUCGACUUCAGCUAAUAGACGAUGAUAUACAAAAUCCGGCAGGCACGAUAGAUGAUCUAACUCAAAACCUGUCAGCAACACAGAUACACGAGAAGCCACCGGUGACUCCAGCAAAGUUGGGAAAAGCCAAGCUAAAGCGUCUGAAGAAGGCCCAACAAGCCGAGAAUCAGGCACAAGACCGCCAAUGUGCCACCUGUGGCGUUGCCUUUGCCUCUAGAUCACAGCUUUUUACCCAUAUUAGAAAGUCUGGCCAUGCUCAGCUCCGGGUGCAGGCAUUUGCAACCAAGAGGUGAUUGUGACACAUUGAACAAAAUGGCGUAAAUAUCUUGACUUCAUCGAGCUUUCUCCUUGGUUGAAAAUCCUCGU